CUUGAACUUGUGGAGGCUUGGCUUUAUGCUCUGUCAGGGCAGAUACGUGGAGAGCCCAGGGUCCUUCCCAGACUCCUCUAAUGUGGUGUGCAGAACUCAUGAACUCACCAAUCCUGGGAUCGCUGAUGUCAAGAUCCGGCCAGACCGCAAGAUCCUGGUCACUGCGGGCUGGGACCAUCGUGUCCGUGUGUUUCACUGGUGGACGAUGAAGCCACUGGCCGUGCUGUCCUUCCACAGUGCCACCGUCCACUGCGUUGCCUUUGCCACUGAUGGCUUGCUGGCCGCAGGGUCCAGGGAUCAGCGCAUUAGCAUCUGGUCGCUCUACCCGAUCCGCAGCGACGCGUCCACUCCCUCGUUGGGACAUGCAGAGGGCAGGGAGGUGGGCACCCAGACUUUGGCCUGACCCAGGCAUGUGGAAACCGUGCAUCGGGACCCCUGAGGACAGCCAGUCGCGGUUCUCCUCCUCCAGUUACAAGAGGGGCUUGGUCCAUGGAGUCAUUUUCUGCACAAGGCUUGUGUUUCCUUUUGUGAAAUAACAGCAUCUGUAUGACAGUGA